CUUGUACCUCUCAUCGUAGGAUCCACCUAAAAUUUCAUCCUGGCUCAAUCGCUUCAUCCAUCGACUACAUCCAAACCUCUCUCUCACUCUCAUACAGAGACCAUACACACAUUAAAGUGUGACAAAACGUAUCGAAUCUGCCCAAGAAAGGCACAAACAGGGAGUAUAUUUCUGGACGGAUCUCAUCAUCCAGGGAAGGACACCGCGCCUCAUUCAUUCCCAACAGGCUUAACCGACUCGCCUCACACACGCCAGUCUCUUACUCAUCCUCACCCUCACCAUCACCCACCAUGGCUCCUAAACGCGCCGCCGAAGGCACAGCCUCAAAAGACCACCAAGUCAAGAAGCGCAAGGGUUUCGGACCAAAUACUCUCCCCGAGGGCCCAUGGCGUAGAAAGGUCGAAAAGAAGAAGAUUGAGCUCAUUCACAAGGCCAAGAUCAAGAAAGCCUACGCAAAGAUCAAGGAGCGCGAACUCGCCUCCCAGGCCUCAUCCUCAUCCUCAAACGCACAGCAACCCGCCACCGCCAACGUCACCGCCGCGCUGGCACAGAAGGACGUCUCAAGCGAAGAUGAGCUCGACUCCCUCCAGGACCCCUCCAGCAAGACGGGCUCUCCUGCGCCGACUUCAGCAUCAGCAGCAGCAGUAGUAGUAGACACACCCACAGACGCCACAUCCUCAUCCUCAUCAACACCAACACCGCCAACUACAACAACCACAACCCCUAACCCCUCAAAAGAAAAAGUCCACCCCUCCCGCGCAGAAACACUCGACAACGAAGGUGACAAACAACCUAACCCAAACACAAUCGCCGCCCCCGGGGGCGGAGACCGCUACGAACCCGGCCAACAACGCAAACCCCGCACCAACAAACCAAACUACUACGAAAAACAACUCGCCCAAGCCUCGCAAAAAAAACAAGAGGCAGAGGCCCGCCACGCCGAGAUCCAGCGCCGCCGCGAGGAACGCGAGCGCAAGACGGCCGACCGCGAGCGGUACCGCCGGGCCAUGGCCAAGGCGCGCAAGGGCACCGAGAAUGGCGGGCAGCGCAGGCUGGGCAGGGAGAGCGCGCUGUUGUUGGAGAAGGUGAGGCGUAUGGUUGGGGAUUCAAAGUAGAGUGUGAGUGUGAUGGAGGACCGGGAGAAAAAAAAAAGGAGAAAGGUUUGUGACCUGGGGAAAAGAAGAUGGGAGAUUGAGCGGCAAGUCUGUUGAGUCUGCCCUCAUCCCUCUGAGAGUCUGCACAGCUUGAUACCACAUUGUACAUAUCACAUUGUUAGGGCACAAUGGUUUAUAAAAGUUUCGGAUU